UUUGGGGUUUAAGAGCUGAUGCUACUGCUGCUGCUCAGUCUCACUCUUCUGUUCUGAAUUCAAAGGUGAAGACUUUAUUCAGCAGAAGCAGUAGAGAUAUGAGCAAAUGGAGUAGUACUAAUGGGAAACGCAGUGGUCUAGUGGUGAAGGCAAUGCGCGUGGAGAAAAGUCUGGAGGAACUGUAUGAAGUGAGAGUGGAACGCAAAGUGUCGCCUGAACGAGUAGCAGAGCUUGGAGUUUCAAAGUGGUCAAUGUGGAAGACCGGCAAGUGCAAGUUGCCAUGGGAUUGGCAGGUGGAUCAGUUGGUUUACAUCGAGGAAGGAGAGGUAAGAGUGGUGCCGGAAGGAAGCAAGCAGUUCAUGCGAUUUGUGGCUGGAGAUCUUGUUCGAUACCCCAAGUGGUUUGAAGCUGACCUGUGGUUCAAUGGUCCAUACCAAGAGCGUUACAGCUUCAGAGCAUAUGGUGAUGAUUAAAGGAAUUGUAUUACAUUAUUAGAGAUGAUAUAUAUAUCUUGCCUGCUUUUAAUGGUUUUGCCAGAGUGAAUGUCUUUUCCAGAACACAGAUUCAAAUU